AUGGAUCCUAGUCACUCUCAUUCCAGCAGGACAUUUGGUUUAGCGCUCAGUGCACUGCGAUUACGGCAUCGAGCCAAACGCAGUAAAUGGAAAUGUGUAUGUGUGUGUGUUUGUAGGCCCGACACACAGAAGGUUCCAUCUACUCCUCCUCCUCCUCCUCCUCCUCCUCCUCCUCCCCCUCCUCCACCCCCUCCUCCUGAGCCUGUUGCCCCGCCGGAGCCAGAGGAGGAGAUUCUGGGCUCUGAUGACGAAGAGCAGGAGGAUCCGGCCGACUACUGCAAAGGAGGUUACCAUCCCGUGAAGAUCGGCGACCUGUUUAACGGCAGAUACCAUGUCAUCCGCAAGCUGGGCUGGGGUCACUUCUCCACCGUCUGGCUGUGCUGGGAUAUUCAAGCGAAGCGUUUUGUUGCGAUGAAGGUCGUAAAGAGUGCACAGCACUACACAGAGACGGCACUGGAUGAAAUUAAAUUACUCAGAUGUGUGCGUGAGACUGAUCCUGAUGAUCCUUAUAAGGACAUGGUUGUUCAACUCAUAGACGACUUCAAGAUCUCGGGGCUGAACGGGAUUCACGUGUGCAUGGUGUUUGAAGUUCUUGGUCAUCAUUUGCUCAAGUGGAUCAUCAAGUCAAAUUAUCAGGGUUUGCCGUUACCCUGCGUCAAGAGCAUCAUUAGACAGGUUCUGCAGGGCCUUGAUUACCUUCACAGUAAGUGUAAGAUCAUCCACACGGACAUCAAACCAGAGAACAUCCUCAUGUGUGUGGAUGAGGCUUUUGUGCGCAGGAUGGCGGUCGAGGCCACCGAGUGGCAGAAAGCCGGAGCGCCGCCACCGUCUGGAUCUGCUAUCAGCACGGCUCCUCAACUCAAACAGGUGGGGAAGAUCUCCAAAAAUAAAAAGAAGAAGCUGAAAAAGAAGCAGAAGCGGCAGGCGGAGCUGCUGGAGAGACGCAUGCUGGAGAUCGAAGCUCUGGAGCGAGAGGCGGAGAAGCAGAGAGCCGGUGGAGCGUCGGACACCGCACUCGGUCCCAGCCUGGCUCUGGCGGACAGCGAGGAAGAUGAAGAGGAUGAUGAGGAUGCAGAUGAGGAUGAGGAGGCUGAGGGAGAGAAGGAGCGGCCUGUCAGACUCACCAACCACACAUGUGCGGAGCCGGAUCAGGAUCAGCAGGAAAUAGUGGAGAACGAGGAAGGUUGUGACGUCCUUCCCGCCGCUGAGUGUCCCACUGAAGAAGAGUCACAUACGUGUGCACACUCUUCACCUGAGCGACAGGACACUCCUGAGAACGAGUGUGAAAACUCAAAAGAACAGGAAGAGCAGGAUGGAAAUGAAGACGUGAGAGAGGAAGAGGACGAUAAAGAGGAGGAAGAGGAGAAGGAAGCCACAUCCUCACAGAGCACAGAGGAAGAGCCGAAGACACAAGAGUGUCCGAACAAGGAAGAAACAGAUCCACCGAAAGUGACGAUAGAGAGACAAGAAGAUGAGGAGGAGGAGGAGGAGGAGGAUGAAUACGAAGAUGAAGAAUAUGAAGAGGAGGAGGAGGCAGAUGAUGAAGGCCAGGAUCAUUCCAGGAAGGACCACAAUGACGCCUCUAAAACGAACGGCCACGUGAUCAUGUGUGUACAGGAGCAUCUGUCGCCCAGUGUGCCACUGUCCUCGCCUCUCCUCUGCCCUCUAGUGGAGUCGGAGAUCAGCACGACCGACCGGGAUGCUUCCGAUGCCUCGUACGAGCUUUACAAUGGAGAAACCGGACUGACGAAUGGAGCGCGACACCGUGGCACCAUGCCACGCUUCCCUGAGCUUCCUCUGGAUCCCGAACCGGCCGACAGCGAGCACGACGAGGCCCAGGCUCUCAGCGGCAACACUGACCGCAGCCGAACGGUGUCAUCGUCCAGCACUGGAGACACGCCGAAAGCGAGGGUCAGAGCGGCUGAUCUGCUGGUGAAUCCUCUGGAUCCGAGGAACGCAGAUAUUCUGAGAGUCAAAAUCGCUGAUCUGGGCAAUGCAUGCUGGGUGCACAAACACUUUACGGAGGACAUCCAGACGCGGCAGUACCGCUCCAUCGAGGUGCUGAUUGGAGCGGGGUACAGCACUCCUGCUGAUAUAUGGAGCACAGCCUGCAUGGCAUUUGAGUUGGCCACUGGUGACUAUCUGUUUGAGCCGCACUCUGGUGAAGACUACUCUCGUGAUGAAGAUCAUAUAGCUCACAUCAUAGAGCUUCUUGGCUGCAUUCCUCGACACUUUGCUCUUUCUGGAAAAUAUUCCCGGGAAUUCUUCAACCGGAGAGACCACAUCGCUCUGAUUAUGGAGUUACUGGGAAAUAUCCCCCGCAAGAUCAUCGCAGCUGGAAAAUACAGCCGUGAGUUCUUCUCAAAGAAAGGUGAGCUGAGGCACAUCACCAAACUCAAGCCCUGGUCUCUGUUUGACGUGCUGGUGGAGAAAUACGGCUGGUCGGCCGAGGACGCCGGUCACUUCACACACUUCCUGCUGCCCAUGCUGGAGAUGGUGCCGGAGAAACGGGCCUCGGCGUCAGAAUGCCUCAACCACCCCUGGCUGAACUCAUAGCACUUUCGUCCUCAGACUCAUCGACGCCCCCCUGUGGCCCCGUACUGAACUGCAGCCAUUAGAGAGGAAGAACCAGAGAGAGGAGGCUGUCGGGCGAGGGUGGGCUUCAGCACACACACACACACACAUGGGAGAAACCAGAUGUCUUCAUCUCAUCUGAGAGACGAAGCUUCAUUCACUGUCUUCCUCAACAGAUCUGACACAUUUUACAGGCUGAAAACAGAAUGUGAGAUCAUUUCACAUGAUACCUUCAGCCAAACUCUCGUGAACGCCCCAGUAAAACAAACAUUUAUAAGCUCACACAGAGAUUAAUAUAUUAUGUGAGUAAUCAGUUCAUGAUAUACUGAUUCUGAAGCCCACCUAAGUCCCUGAAGCCUCGCCUUUUUUGUCCCACCAUCCAAUCAGGUUCUGCAACAGAGCUGUUUACAAACCUCAUCUCUCUCUCUCUCACACACACACUCACACACACACUCACACACUGCCCUGGGAAAUAUGAAUCCAGAAGACAAAGAGACGAUUUGGUUUGUGGAGAGCAAACGAAUGGACGUUCGCGCCAAUGACUGUUCCCCGUCUGGUUGAAUGUUUUUAUUUAAAGCUUCGAUUCCGACAACAACAUUCCUGAUUCUCCAGCGGUGCGACAUGCUCUCUCCGGCAGGACGGCAUCUCGCGCCGGGGCUGUAGUUCAAUGAGGCUGCACUUGUGUUCAUUCUUUUUGUUCAGGGAAAGUUACCGAUGUACAGAGAUCCAGCAAUCUGUCCAGAAACUGCUUGAGCGCAAGAUAAACACAGACUGCUGUUAGGAGACGUGCACAUGGAUGGUCAUCAUGGAGAUGUGCUGCAGCCGUGUCUGUGUCCUCACGCUGCUCGAAAUACAUCAUCGUCAUCAUCACACUUAGUCCAGUUGCCUAUUUUCGCAAUAAAAUUAGAUGGUGAAAUAUUUACAAAAAUAUUUAAAUUCAUUAAAAAAGAAAAGCAGUUCUCUGAUGUUGUGACAGUGACAGUUUAGUCGUAAUAAGAUGAUUGUGUUAGGUCUAUUUUCAGAUGUUUUAUUUCCUUUGUUUGGGUUUUAUUCGGUUGUCACUUCCUUCAUGGCAUUGACUAGUGCUGCUCUGUGAGGACUCAUGUGACAGUCAUGAAUUUUAUUGAACAUUUUUGCAAUAAUAGUGAUUAUGAUGGUGAAUUUUUGCACCGGAAGCUCCUGAUGUGUCUCACGCAGCCACGCUGACUGUUCUUCCCAACGUCGACAAUUGUGUCCUUGUUUUUCAUCAACAGAUUUAAUAAAAUUGUAAAUUAAUGGA